CGCAAAUCGCAAUCGUAGGGAACAGAAAGAAUGCACGGGUGUGAACAGGGGAGGAGGGAGAGACUUCCCUGAGACCCUGAAUGCUGCUGUGCUGUCUUACCUGAUUCCCAUUCCCUUCCACCGCCGCCGCCUUAAUGGAGGAGAAGCUUCGCGAAGUAUGGCGAAGAAGCUAGCGGCGGCGGCGGCGCCGCCCUUAUCCGUGCGCCACGCCUUGUGGUUAGGGUGGAAGCUGGUGAUCGCUGCGUCUUUCGUUCUCUGUAUCUUAGCUUUCCUUAGGCUCCAGCGCUACUCCCUCUCCGAUUCCGACCUCAUCCCUGCUCCAGAAACCAUACUUUCAGUUUCCCGUAACUAUAAACCUUCCAACCACAACUUUUCCGGCAAUCCCAAGGUAGCUUUCCUGUUCCUAGCUCGGAGAAAUUUGCCUCUGGAUUUUCUUUGGAGAAGCUUCUUCCAGGAUGCUGAUUCUGCCAAUUUCUCUAUAUAUAUACACUCGGAGCCAGGGUUUGCAUUUGAUAAGUCUACUACAAGUUCCCCUUUCUUUUACAACCGGCAGCUGAAAAAUAGCAUUAAGGUAGCUUGGGGAGAAUCAAGCAUGAUCGAAGCAGAGAGGUUAUUACUUAAUGCAGCUCUUGAAGAUCCAGCAAAUCAAAGAUUUGUUCUGUUAUCGGAAAGCUGUGUCCCUUUAUACAACUUCAGCUAUGUAUACACAUAUUUGAUGGGUUCUCCAAGGAGUUUCGUGGACAGUUUUUUGGAUGAAAGUGAAAAAGAAAAAGAAAGCCGCUACAACCCGAGGAUGAUACCGUAUAUACCAAGGAGCAAAUGGCGGAAAGGAUCACAAUGGAUCAGUUUAAUUCGAAAACAUGCGGUCGUUGUUGCAGAUGAUGAAGUUGUAUUACCAGUUUUCAAGAAGUUUUGCAAGAGGCGUCCACCGAUAGAGGCCAGUCUGAGGAAUCCGAAUCUUAACCUUCAAAAGCAGCAUAACUGUAUCCCCGAUGAACACUAUGUGCCGACAUUACUUGAAAUGCAUGGACUCGGAGGUGAACUGGAACGCAGAACCGUGACUUACACGGUAUGGAACCAAUCUUCAAACAAUAUGGAAAAAGGCGGCUGGCAUCCUAUGAGAUUCACUUAUGCCGAUGCAGGACCCGAAAAAAUUAAAAGAAUAAAGGCCAUCCGCAAUGUAUACUACAAAACCGAGGACAGAACAGAGUGGUGCAGUAAUAACUCCACGCUCGUCCCCUGCUUUCUCUUCGCUCGGAAAUUCUCCCGAGCAGCAGCAAUGCGCCUUCUGAGUGAAGUAGGGGGGGCUCGGUUUGAUGUCUCUGCUCUCAUGGAUCCACCGACGUGAUUUCAUCCAUGCUCUACAUAUCAACCAACUGUGCAUUCUCAUCUCCCGAAGCCCAACGAGGUGAUUCCCGUGACCCUGACAUAGAUAAACCGAUGACAUUUUAGCUCGACUGAUGCUAGGCUCACAUCGUUCGUACGAUUCGUACAAUUUGAACUGCAUCUUCUUCUCUUGUGUGGAAUCAACAUGAGGUUGUUAUUAUGGCUAUAUAGAUUCUAGAAUCUACUUUCAAAUGUAUCAGACAGAAUUUUAAGGAAAAAAAGAGAACAUCUACAGAUCAUUGAGAGACAUGGUUGUGUCUCCACCAAGAGCAGCUUGGACACUUUCAAUGCUGGCAGCUAUGAGGUUGUCUUUCCAGCCUUUCUGUCGAGCCCGAAGCUCCCACAUGGCGGUAACCCGUCUUUGCGCCUCCAGUGCUGCCUCGGCUUUCUCCCGGGCCUCCUCGCAGGUUUCCAUCCCGGAAGUGCACUUGUCUGCCUCUUUCUGAUACUGGGAAGUCAGCUUCUUUGCCUCCAAAAGUGCCUCAUCUGCUUUCUGCUGUAUUUCUUGAACUUCACUUUCCCUUAGCUCAAGCUCCUCCACCAAAAUAGUUGUCAUAUUCCUCUCUGACCCAUCUCUCAGCUCCGGAUCAUGCUCCAUGCAAUCUACCCAAAAAAAUAAAAAUUUGCGUUUAUUUCAAUUCUCUGUUUUCAUUUUCUCAGUUAAUAACAGACUCGACUCUCAACUCGCC